AUGGCUGCGGGUAAAGCGCGCAUCGGGCAUCUGGCCCCUGACUUCAAGGCCACAGCAGUGAUGCCAGACGGACAGUUUAAAGACAUCAGCAUGUCUAACUACAGAGGUAGGCCUGCUACUAUGCUUCAUAGUAUUCUGCACUGACCUUCGUUUUGUCUCUGUGUGGUAAGAUUUGUGACUGGUUCAGGAUUUUAAAGUUUAAUCAUACAGUAAUGACCUAUAAGCCUAUUGGACAUUGAAUAUGUGCUUCCAGGCUCCGGAACUUGAUAGGUGUGUCUAAUGGUGUGUCUUGUGCCGCUUGCCUGCAGGGAAGUAUGUGGUGUUCUUCUUCUACCCGCUGGACUUCACCUUUGUGUGCCCUACUGAGAUCAUCGCUUUCAGUGACGCUGCCGAGGAGUUCAGGAAGAUUGGCUGCGAGGUCAUUGGUGCCUCUGUUGACUCCCACUUCUGCCAUCUUGCCUGGUACGAGUCUUUUGCACUUUGCACAUUUUAUUUUGCCUUAAGAAGAUUUCGUCCUAGGUGACGCAGGAUAAGUUACAGUGCCGCUUGUGCAGUGAUGUUCUGUCGUCCCUCCUGCACACACAGGGACAGCGGGACGUUUUGGAUUUUUUACAGCGGAGUGUACACGCACAUUUUCUUAUGGCCGUAAUAGUAAAUAUGUCAUUUAACUGUACAAAUUAUGUUUUCAUCUGAUUGUCAAACCUGCACACAUUCAACCCAUUCUAUAGUGAUUCCAGCAUCUUAAACAGUGCACGCACCACCAGUGCACGCACCGCCAUUUGAUGAAUGGAAAGAGAGGUCUAUUAAAACACCAAAAGUGUAAUGACAUUCAGCGAUUGUCGUUAGGUACACUUGUAGCCUGAAUUGAUUGAUGCGUCCACUGCUGUCCGAGCGUCACUGUCCCGGCCAGUCAUCUCUGUCUACUCAGGCUACUUUCACCCCUAUUUUAGAUCUAUUUUAUCUGCAUAUAAUUUCCGACAUUUGGUAGGCUAUUUGUUAGCCAACCUGUCUAUAAUUAGAUAGGCCUACAUGUCAUUACUUGUUGUCCUAGAAGACAAAAAAAAGCAGAAAAAUGUAAUAAUCAAUAGAAUGAAUCAAUCAAUAAUAAGCCUAUUUUAGUUGACAUCGGUGAAGUUUUCUCUUCCAUUUCUGCUCACAGAGCGAGGACGUGUAGGUACAGAGGAGAAAAAAUGCAAUAACCUAACUCUAAAACACCUGAAAGAUUUUCCUUGCAAAAUUGUCAAAUAAAAUGAACAAAAAUAUAAACGUAAAGUGUUGGUCCCAUGUUUCAUGAGCUGAAAUAAAAGAACCCAGAAAUGUUCCAUAUGCACAAAAAGCUUAUUUGUCUCAAAUGUUGUGCACACAUUUUUUAGUUAAAUAAAAUUAGUUAAAUAAAGUCCACCUGUGUGCAAUCUAAGUGUCACAUGAUCUCAGUAUAUAUUCACCUGUUCUGAAAAGCCCCAGAGUCUGCAACACCACUAAGCAAGGGGCACCACCAAGCAAGCGGCACCAAUUAAGACCAAGGAGCUCUCCAUACAGGUCAGGGACAAAGUUGUGGAGGAGUACAGAUCAAGGUUGGGUUAUAAAAAAAUAUCAGAAACUUUGAACAUCCCACGGAGCACCAUUAAAUCCAUUAUUAAAAGAAUUGAAAGAAUAUGGCACCACAACAAAUCUGCCAAGAGAGGACAGCCCACCAAAACUCAUGGACCAGGCAAGGAGGGCAUUAAUCAGAGAGGCACAAAGAGACCAAUGAUAACCCUGAAGGAGCUGCAAAUCGGAGAUUGGAGUAUCUGUCCAUAGGACCACUUUAAGCCGUACACUCCACAGAGCUGGGCUUUAUGGAAGAGUGGACAGAAAAAAGCCAUUGCUUAAAGAAAAAAAUAAGCAAACACGUUUGGUGUUCGCCAAAAGGCAUGUGGGAGACUUCCCAAACAUAUGGAAGAAGGUACUCUGGUCAGAUGAGACUAAAAUUUAGCUUUUUGGCCAUCAAGGAAAAUGCUAUGUCUGGCGCAAACCCAACACCUCUCAUCACCCCGAGAACACCAUCCACACAGUGAAGCAUGUUGGCAGCAUCAUGCUGUGGGGAUGUUUUUCAUCGGCAGGGACUGGGAAACUGGUCAGAAUUGAAGGAAUUAUGGAUGGAAAUUCUUGAGGUAAACCUGUUUCAGUCUUCCAGAGAUUUGAGACUGGGACGGAGGUUCACCUUCCAGCAGGACAAUGACCCUAAGCAACACUUGAGUGGCUAGAUGUGCCAAGCAUAUAGAGACAUACCCCAAGAGACUUGCAGCUGUAAUUGCUGCAAAAGGUGGCUCUACAAAGUAUUGACUUUGGAUGGGUGAAUAGUUAUGCACGCUCAAGUUUUCUGUUUUUUUGUCUUAUUUCUUGUUUGUUUCACAAUAAAAAAUAUUUUGCAUCUUCAAUGUGGUAGGCAUGUUGUGUAAAUCAAAUGAUACAAACCCCCCCAAAAUCAAUUUUAAUUCCAGGUUGUAAGGCAACAAAAUAGGAAAAAUGCCAAGGGGGGUGAAUACUUUCGCAAUCCUUUGUAAAGAUGAUCCAUCCAUCUGACAGGUGUUGCAUAUCAAGAAGCUGAUUAAACAGCAUGAUCAUUCCACAGAUGCAGCUUGUGCUGGGGACAGUAAAAGGCCACUCUAAAAUGUGCAGUUUUGUCACACAACACAAUGCCACAGAUGUCUCAAGUUUUGAGGGAGCGUGAAAUUGGCAUUCUGACUACAGGAAUGUCCACCAGAGCUGUUGCCAGAGAAUGUAAUGUUAAUUUCUCAACCAUAAGCUGCCUCUAAUGUCGUUUUAGAGAAUUUGGCAUUACGUCCAACCGGCUUCACAACCGCAGCCCAGGACCUCCACAUCCGGCUUCUUCACUUGCGGGAUCGUCUGGGGGGGAUUUCCUUAUAUUAACUGUAACUCGGCAAAAUAAUUUCAAAUUGUUGCAUGUUGUGUUUAUAUUUUUGCUCAGUAUAGAAUCUGUUUGACCGGUUUCAAAGAAAUGAAAAGCUGUGAAAACGAUCUAACAUGAAUCUGAUAAGAUUUCAGUUAAUCUUGGAUGCAUAUUUUAUGUGGUUGAGGUAGCCUACUGUCAGCUUUUAUGUCGCUGACAAAUAUAGCACGUUUGCACGGUCCAAAGAUGCUGAAAGAAAGAAAUCAUAUUUCUCCACUCCUAUUUCCGAUACAAAAUUAACAUUUGGUGUAUCAUUUUACUCCAAUAAAUACUAUUAUAUUAGGCUACAUGUGAGAGUUAUAGGACUACAGUCAGUGUACAUAUUUCAGUUACUAGAAUAGGCUAAAACUUCAGUGUCCAAAUAUGAAUUUUUUGUUCAGAGGACCGGCAGCUGCCGCACCCCUACUUCUGCCGUCUCUGUGCACACAGAAACCUGUUUACUACUAUCCCUGUCCUUCUGUAUACCACAGCUGGCAGGGACGCUUGGUCUCAGACACACAAAAAAAGACUAAAUUCAGUCUCUUUGUGUAUGGUUGUGUGUGUUCUUACAGGACCAACACACCUCGUAAGCAGGGCGGUCUGGGUGCCAUGAAGAUCCCUCUGGUAGCCGACACACUGCGUUCCAUCUCCACAGACUACGGGGUGCUGAAGGAGGAUGAGGGCAUCGCCUACAGGUGGGUUCACAACAGACAAGUUCAAGGGUCAAAGUUCAGUGUCUCUAUGACCGACUGGGUCAAAACCCGGGUAACGUGCCUAACGUAAGACUACGUGCCCAACAAGACUAACACAAGACUAAAUCACUCAAUUUAUUCCCUGUUUGUUUUUUCAGGGGCCUAUUCAUUAUUGACGACAAGGGCGUCUUGAGGCAGAUCACCAUCAACGACCUUCCAGUGGGACGCUCCAUCGACGAGACCCUGCGUCUGGUGCAGGCCUUUCAGUUCACUGACAAACACGGAGAAGGUACAUAACUUAACCAGCUUUCUUUUUGUUUUCCAAAAGACAAUGCCUCCUUAUCCUACACGGAAUCAGGCUAACCUUUUGCAGUGCCAUAUCUUACCAUGUACCGUCAGCAGACACAUACACUAUGUCAGGGGUCAUAAACUAGAUUCAGCCCCGGGCCUAUUUUUUUCUUGGACAGAUGGUUGGGGGGCCGGAACAUAAUUAUAAAUCAUUUGUACGCAAGCCCAAACAGAUGCUGUAUUUGACUGUAUUUGUACUGUAUUUGACAAAAACAUAAUAAUUUCAAACCUUGAUUACAUUGGUACACGAGUGGAAAUACUUAGGAAUAGAAUUCCUAAAUUAAAAUCAUUUUGAGGUGAAUUCCUAUUGAUUUUAGUCUUUCAUGUCCCAAAACUAAAAAUGCAAAAAUAAUUAAAGAAAAUAUUUUUUGGGCUCAGAAAACUUUGGGGGGCCAAAGAAAAUUGUCCACAGGCCGAAUUUGGCACGCGGGCCGCCGGUUGACGAUACCUGCACUAUGUGAACAGCAUUUAGGUCACUUUUACCACUCUCUCUUUUGAGGUAACAUUCCAUGUUUGUAACAGCUGAGAAUGUUAGGCUGAUAGUAGAUAUCGUCAGAAUGUGUAAAAAUAUAAAGCUCAGGUUCUAAGUGUGUUUUGCUUAUCAUACUGCACUGUCCUGAGACUCAACUUCUUCUCUGGUGUUUCCUCUCAGUCUGUCCCGCCGGCUGGAAACCAGGAAGUGACACCAUCAAGCCCGACAUCCAGAAGAGCAAAGACUUCUUCUCCAAGCAGCACUAA